AUAGGUAAACAACUGUCUGUCACAAUCACCGUUCACAUCUAACUGAUCAAACAUCACAGUUUAUGUUUUCCCCCGAUGAGUUUAAGUGACACAUGGAUUUAAUCUGACCUGCCGACCGGUACAUUUGUAACUUCUGACGUCUUAUAUGAACAGGGUUUCUCAACCAGGUUUCAUGGCUCAGCUUUUAAAAUGUCAUCAUAAUGACCCAUAAAACCAAUGACUGUUCCUCCAAGGAAUUGAACAAACAGUGAUGACGGCAGGUUUUUCAAUGCAGCAGGUACAGGUAGGAGAACAUUAACCAGACAGACAUCAGGCCUGUGUUACUCAAGCUUACUUGGAAACAGACACCUGAGCCCUGGUGUAAUACCUCCCCCACCUGUGACAUCACACGCCUCUCUUAUCUGCUGCCAAAGACAAAGCCGCAUUUAACUCAAAGUAAUCAGGACUGUGACCUAACCUGUCAUGCACUGGAAAUGCGUAAGGAUUUGCGUGUGCUCUAUUGGGAUGUUUUUCUGUGGUAUGCUGAUAUAAUAGAAAUAUGAGCUCGGCUGGACUCGAGUUCUCGAGAACUAAGAGUCAUGAAACUUUGUCCUUGUCAAGCUCCAGUAUAUGGCAAUUGCGUGUUAACAGUUCAUCUUGAUGAUGAGGUGCUCAGUGAUGGAGAACAGGGCGAGGUCGAGCUCUUCCUGUUGUUUACUGGCUCCACUCAGAGACAUCUUACCAGUACACUGAGGGUUAACCAGACCACCCUUCAUGCUGUCUGUCCAGCUCAUAACUGUUGUGAGUCGGUGCCGGUCACUCUGUGCUCAGCGGGACCUGAUGGUUUUUUUCAAACGCUGGCCAGCAGGGACCUGUGCUUCACACAGGAUCUGGCCUUCGACAUGGCUCAGUUUCUGGUGAGCGCGGCGGGUCGGACAGACAUGCUGGAAGAGGCUUUGCUGCUGGAUGAGCAUCAGAUUCCCAUGCAGGAGUGUGAGAGAUUAGACCACAGUCUGUCCCUGGCUCUCAGACAUCUUACACUGCCCUCUGACUGGAACCUGAUGGGAGAUAACACAAAGCUGGAACCUCAAGAGACCCUCCUUCAUUUUGCAGCCCGUCGUGGGCUUAACAAAGUGGCCGGUUUCCUCCUAAAACAGUCAGGGGCUCGAGAGGCCCUUAACAUGUGCAACAAAGAGGGGGACACACCGGUAGUCAUCGCCCGGAACCGAGGACACACGGCACUGUUGGAGCUUUUCAUCCAAGAGGAUUACUCAGACAUGGGUGUUGAGAAGCUCAAACAGAUCUCCUCCGGCACAUGUGCGGUACAGCACCACCCCUCUCUGAACACCUACACCCUAACUGUGAGCAGUGAGCCAGGCGGCGCUCCACCCAGCCUGCAGGCUGACAUCCUACAACUGCGCAGACUCAUCAUCUGCCAUCGCCAGGGCAAGGGAGGAGUUGUGUUUCAGCAGAGUUCCGAGUCUCCUCACACUUCCCAAGAAUGUGUUGCCAGCCGAGAAAGCAGAGAUUGUCUUUUUGAAGUGACGCAGCACAACUCCCUCGAUAUAAGUGAGCUGGGGUUCACUGCUUUUAGUACAAAAGAAAACAAAGACACAGAACGUAAUGACUUGCUGGAUCCAUUACACAACAGGGAGGGUGACAGAGAUCCCUCGCUCAGCUGUGAAACUCCAGCGUCUCCCCUACGCAAUGGCAACAGUAAAGAUCAGCGGGCGUGUGCUUGUGAAAACAGCAAGACUGAUUGCCCAGUGCGAGAGGAGAACUUAGAUGUUGCCGGGAGCUUGAGAGAUUGUAGUGAUGCUUUACAGAGCGGAUCUGAAGGUGAAAGCAUAGACUGCGCUGCCCUUUCCUGUGGACAACAGCCAGAGGAAACUGAUAAAGCUGACGACUUCAUCUGUGAAUCAUCUGAGGGGCCUCAGGGGGGAAACGGGGAAGAGGGACAAAAUUCGGUAGAGGAGAACCCACCGGAGAAGCUUUGCUAUACAGUAGAGGCUGGAGAUAUGGGAAUCACGCAGUCUUUAGACACGCCGGAAAGCUCGGAUAUGGAAUCUAGUUCUCAGGGUGUUGAGAGCAAUGACGAGAGAGAGGAAGAUGAUGGGUUUGUAGAUGCAUUAGAACCAGAGAAGGUGAAAGAAGAAAACAAAGAUUUACACCCAAAGUUGGAUCUGUUUAUAGAGGAUAUUAAACAACAUGAAAAUGACUGCAUUAAACAAAUUUUGGGUGAGAGUGAUAGUCACGCUUACCAUGAAGCUAGUAACAUUUGCCAACCAGGAACCCAUGAGCCGGAGGGAUCCGAUGAAAGAGGGAAGGAAGAUGUUUGUGAUAUUUUCUGUAAUGUGGAAGAAGAUUUUUCAGACACUGAUGAUCAUGAAGAAGUCUUAUUUUAUGAAAACAAACAAUUUGAAGGUUAUGCUAAUGUAAAUUUAGAUGGUAGCAAAAAAGAGGGUGGCACUGAAAAUGAUGCAACCUCAUGGACAACUAAUAACUUUGAGGAAUCUUCACAGCAGCAUAAAAUAGACCAAGAACUGUCACCUGUAGAAAAAACAAACAAUUAUUACCCAAUAGUAGACGAAGGUGAUGGUGAAAAGGAAGCAGAGAGAUGCAUUGAUGUCUUACCUGGUUCAGAAGCCGAGUCUCACACGCCAACCAGCGAGGACACCCUAGAACCUGAUGAUCUAGAGCUCUGGUCUGCAAAUGAGGUUUUAGUAAGCCCUAGCUGUGAGCAACAACUGGAUAGGAUGGAGAACCUCGAAGGAAGGUUGAAGGCAACAUUGGAGGAAGUUCAUCAUGCAGAAGUGAAUGCGGAUAAAGAGAUAGCGACUCUCCCAGACUCUCCCAGUCUUCAGGAUCAGAGACAGGAUACGACCUUGAACAAUGAGGUCAUGCAGGACACAUCAGAAGCUUUGUUUGUGCAUACAGAUCAAUCUGGAGAUAAAGGCCUCCUGCCUGCUCUCUCAGACACACUAGUUAUAUCAAAGAAAGCGGGAAUCUCAGAGGAAGAUAAAGGAGAAGAUCUGCUGGGUUCAGUCAUCCAAAAUGACCUUGUUGGUGGUUCCUUACAUAUCCUAGAUUCUCUUAAUAAGGAAGGAGUUUCAGGAGAAUAUCCUGAAGAUGUCCACGGAUGUGUAGAUCCUAUUACUCAACACUCAGGCACUGAAGUAAAUAAGGAUGCCCAACCAGUGGGUGAGGAAGACCAUCCGAAAGAGGUGGACCCUCAGCAGACCACAUGGACCGAUGUUGACACGGACAAAAACGCACCAAUGAUGCAUAGAGACAAAGAUACGCUGUGUUCCAAUGUUCUUCAGAAGAGACACAGCAUAGCGUCCCCAGAGAAGUUUCCAGACUGUCACAGCACAUUUCGAGACUUGGAUGGAUUUCUCAGUCUGGACACUGGUCAGGACAACGCCUUCAAAAAGGAGGUUGUAGGAGGAGGUGACAGCACCAGUGAAGUCUCGGUCUCCUGCUCAUCCACAGACGACACAGCCAGCGUCGGACACCCCAGCUCCUCGGCAGAGAGCUCAGAGGAGGUGCGACAGGGUGGGGAGGCGGAGGAGGAGGCCAAGGAUAGGCUGACGGAGGUUCCACUGCGCUCCUCUUUAUUCAGAUCCGCCAUACGCUCCAUUUCUCCCUUUCGCAGACACAGCUGGGGUCCUGGGAAGAACCAGGGAGGAGACGGCGAGAUGAACCGACGCAGUUCAGUACGAAGUUCAGAAGAGGGAAAGCCUGUAUUUUACAGAAGAAGUUUGAGUUGGUGCCCCUGUGAUCCUCCCCUCCGUGGAGACCUGGAGGAAAUUAGAGCACUCAUCAGUUAUAGUUUAGAGGGCCUGGCAGCUGAGGUUGAAGAUGGAAAGCGCUGGAUACCACCGUCUCGAGGUCCAUCUUCAGAUCAGCAAGGGGUCCAGCGGCAGGACAGUGAGGAGAGGGGCUCACUGAUGUCCCUCACGGAGGAGGGUCCUGAACCAGAGCUGGGAGAAUUCAGGAGUCCAGAGAGACAGAAGUCAAGAAGGUAUCAUCCAUUGAGACACAACAACUGUUCAUCUAUGACUCUUCCCUUGACUAAAUCUGUCUCAAUGGUUUCCAUCAGUCAGCGAGACACAGAUGGUAUGAGGUCAUUCACCAGCACCACCAGUUCAAUGAGAUACAGCAUCACAGAGGAGGAACCUGGACCUUUAAGAGGGGACUUUGAAAAAAGCAGCACAAAAGUGGGCCGAACUUUCAGCUACCUGAAGAGCAAAAUGUCCAAGAGAACCAGAGAAAAAGACAAAGAUAAAAGUCGGGAGAAGGAGAAAGAAGCCAAAGAUAAGAGGACGGUGAACGGACAUCAGUUCAGCACGUCCAACUCGCUGCAUCCAGCUUUAUGCCAGCAAUGCAACAAAACGCUCAACACUAAGGAUACCGUUAACUGCACAUAUUGCAAUGUGAGAGUUCACAAGAGCUGUCGAGAAAAUCUCCCCAGUUGUUCAAAAAGCAAAAUAAAGUUUGCUAUACCGGAAUCAACCACUAUGCCUGCUGUCACCCUACGAACAAAAUCGUCCACGAUGCGGGAACGGCCCUGGUCUGCCGUCUUAUCUCCUGAUGAGCACUGUUUAUUCCCACCGUCUAGAAGACCCACCAGUAUUAUACCCUUCCACAGCACCAAUCUGUCCAAGAGCAUGUCCAUUAACAAUAUACCCAUGUUUGAUGAUGUGCCUCUGAGAGGUUUGAGGUAUCUGUCUCAAUCCACAGACUCCCUCCACAAACACAAUAAGGUGACAGAAUCGACCGAGUCUCUAGAUGAAGGAACUGAGAUCAUUGACAGCCAGCUGAUGGGAGAGUUUGAAGCGGAUGCUAAAGAGUUCGAAGCCGACUCCUGGAGCGUUACUGUAGAUCAAAACAGUUUGAAGCAACUCAACAAGGACGUCAUUAAAAGACAAGAUGUCAUCUACGAGCUAAUCCAGACAGAGAUGCAUCACCUGAGGACGUUGCGUAUCAUGUCUGACGUCUACAGUAAAGGUCUGAUGUCGGACCAGCUGCUGGAGGUCCAGACGGCGGAGAAGAUGUUUCCGAUGUUGGAUGAGCUUCUGGACCUGCACACGUUCUUCCUCAGUGCACUGCUGGAGAGAAAGAAGGAGUCCAGGCUGGAGGAUUCGGACAGAGGGGUUGUGAUCAACAGGAUAGGAGACGUGCUGGUUAGCCAGUUCUCAGAGUCGAAUGGGGAAAACAUGAGGAAAGUCUACGGCAAGUUUUGCAGUCGACACACUGAAGCGGUGAACUUCUACAAAGAGCUUCACGCUAGAGACAAGCGGUUCCAGGCCUUCAUCAGGAAGAAAAUGUGCUGUAGCGUGGUGCGGCGUCUCGGCAUCCCCGAAUGCAUAUUAUUGGUCACUCAACGAAUAACAAAAUACCCGGUGCUGUUACAGAGAAUCCUGCAGCACACAAAAGAGAGCGAUGAUGAAUUUGAGGACUUGACGCAGGCGUUAAAGCUGAUAAAAGACAUCAUAAAUUCAGUGGACAGUAAAGUGAACGAACACGAGAAGAAGAGAAGGUUAAAGGAGGUCUACGGGCGAACGGACAGCAAGUCCAUCACGCGAAUGAGGAGCGGUCAGAUGUUCGCUCGAGAAGAUCUGCUGCGCAGUGGGAAGCUUCUUCAUGAUGGUCCUCUACAGUUAAAGAACGCAGCUGGACGCUUGAAAGACGUCCACGCACUUCUCCUGUCUGACGUCUUUGUAUUCCUUCAGGAUAAAGACCAGAAAUAUGUCUUUGCUUCUCUGGACCAGCGAGCCACCGUAAUCUCCCUGCAGAAGCUGAUCGUGCGAGAGGUUGCUCACGAGGAGCGAGGUCUCUUCCUCAUCAGUGCCGGCAUUGAGCAGCCCGAGAUGGUGGAGGUGCGCACCAGCUCCCGCGAGGAGCGCAACACCUGGAUGCAGCUCAUACAGGACGCCAUGCACUCUAUAGAGAAGGACGAUGAUGAGGGCAUCCCGAGCGAAACGGAGGAAGACAAGAAACUGCUCGAAAGCAAAACCAAAGAAAUGAGAGACAUGCUACACAGGAAAGAUGAUCAGAUCGUCUCUCUCCUCAUGGAGAAGAUAAAGUUGUUUCGUGAGAUGUGCGGUUCGCCGGAUGACCCCGUCAAAAUGCUCUUCAGGGCCAACAAUGAGGAAGUCCCUAAAGGCGAACCAAUCAUGAUGGAUGCUCUUAAAGAGGUGGAGAUGUUGCAGGCGCUGGUGAACAGCAGUUUGGGAGGAGCGGUGGGUCAGCAGGUGGCCGGCGCUCAGGGGAACGUCAGUCUGCCACGCAGAGCCGAGACCUUCGGAGGAUUUGACAGCCACCAGAUGAACGUGUGCAAACAUGGCGACAAAGAAGAGUGUGAAGAUCUGAGAAGAACAGAAUCUGACAGUGUUUUGAAGAAGGGAGGAAACGCCAACCUGCUGCUCCUGUUGAAGAGAGACAGUGAGCAGGUCCUGUCAAGUGUCAGUCAUCUCCACAACCUCCUCUCCUCACUGCAGGGUGUGGUCCUGCAGCAGGACACCUUCAUCGAGGACCAGCGUCAGGCUCUGAACGAGCGUGCCCCGCCCCGUUCGUCCUCUCGCCCCCCCUCGCUGGUGGAGCAGGAGAAACAGCGUAGCCUGGAGCGCCACCGGCAGGAGGCCACCACCCUGCAGCGUCAGCAGGCCGCUCACGCCGAAGAGAGACGGCGUCGGGAGAAAGAGUGGGACUCCAGGGAUCGGGAACUCGCCGACCGGGAGGUGCUGCUCCAUGAGAGGGAGGAGAAAAUGAGGAGGAGGCACGUGGAGCUGGAGGAGGCGCGGCAGGAGCUGCAGGGGAAGAAGGAGGAUUAUCAGAAGGAUCUGGAGAGACUGAGAGACGCUCAGAGGAGGCUGGAGAGGGAAAGGGAGCAGGUGCAAAGGGAGGUGGAGAGAGUGGAGCAUCUGCGCGAGGUGGAGGCACGAUUUCAUCGCACCCCGUCCAGCACAUCAGAGGACUCCUUGAAGCUCCAGAGCAGCGGCUCCUUCGAAAAAGAGAUCUGGGAGGGCGAGAUGUCCUCCAGUCCCAGGAGAAACUCCAUGUCCAGGAUGGACUCCAAACAGAAGGGCCGGGGCCUCUUCUCGCUGGGUGGCAAAACCCAGAGCUCAGGGGUCCAGAACCAGAUUCCCACGCGUCUGCUCCAGCUGGCUUCGUCCAAGGAGAAGAAAGACAAGAAGAAAAAGAAGAACAAGAACCAGGACCCUCAGGAAGCAGCAUCACACCUGCUGCCCCUGACUGAACCGUCAGGGGACGGAGAGAUAUAUUUCUGCUGAUUUUCCAUCACCAUAUCAUUUCCUCAACCGUUCCCACUCUCUCCCUUAGGAGACACGUGUCACAUCAGGACAUCAGACGAAGUGCCCUCUUUGUGGCGAAAAGAAGGGGUGAAUUUCACAGAACCUGUCCAAAACAUAUUUUAAAAGUAAUAAGGAAUUAUAUGAUCAAUAAAGUGAGGCCUAGGGCAUUCAUUUUAACACAACUGUAUUUAAAUCGAAUCGGAUUUUAAAUAAUCGCCAAUUGGUUGUGAACUGCAAUUUCAUACAAUUUUGACAACAAUUUGAAAUUGUGUUUUGCAAGUUGUUAUGGGCAACUAUUUAAUAGCAUACAUUUUGCAUCAAUACGAUUGACAGCAUGACAUUUGAUUUUGGUAUGAAAUGUCUCCUAGAUAUUUUUUGUGACAUUCAAAGGUGAAUUUUGCGAAACACACAUGUUGAUUUUGUGCUUACUUUUAAACAUACUUUACGAGAAAUUAUGUUUUAAAGGGAUCAUAGCGUGAAAAUAACCCAGUAACUUAGUUUUGGUAAACCAUUCUCUGCAAGCAUGUAAAAAAUUAUGUCAUUCAGAUUCCACCUGUUUUGUGAUGUAGAUAGUGAGUUUUAUUAUGAUAAUACCGCCCUUUAUAUCUGCACUAACCAACCAUGGUGGUACUGCCAUUUAGUGCAGAGAGAGAAAAAUAAUUGACAGCCCACCCACAUGAAAAAAUACUGUAGUAUACUUUAGUUUUUACUAUAGUAAACUGUAGUAAAUUUUAGUAUAUUAUAGUAUUUACUACACAUCAUAGUAUUUACUAUUGUAAACUGAUAAACUAUAGUAGUAAACUAUAGUGUAUUGUAGUAUACUCUAGAAUAUUAUAGUAUUUACUAGAGAAAUUUUACAUGUCCUAUAGUAAGUUUACCAUAAAUUGCUAUAGUAUUUUAAUACAGUUCACUUUAUUAUAGAAUGGUUCAAAAAUACUAUAGUAUUUGCUAGAGUAAUUUUACUUCAUUUCCUAUAGUUACAUUACUAUAGGAAUUAUAGUACUUUUAAUACAGUUUACUGUAGUACAUUUACUAUAGUAUGGUUCAUAAACACUAUAGUAUUUACUAUAGUAAUUUUACUACAUCUUUCAAUGGUAAUUUUAGUAUAAUAUACUAUAGUAUUUUUUCAUUUGGGUUGAAUUUCAAUUUCAACAAAUCACCAUUAUGGCGAUCAGUGUUUGCAUUUCAUCAGCUCAUUUGCAUUUUAAAGCACACACCCAAAAACGGCAAUGUUAACAUGCUAUAAUAAAUUAUCUGUGGGGUAUUUUGAGCUUAAACUUCACACGUGCACUCCAAAUAUUUUUUUACAUCUUAAAAAAAAUCUCAUAAUAUGACCCCUUUAAUACAUGUAAAAAAAUGAAAUAUCUCUGUACAUUUACGAAUCAUUUGUUUAAGCAGGUUUAGAAAAUUGACAUUACAGCACCCCUUAUUGACCUGUCUUCUAACAACAAAACAUUAUAUGGGGAGAGAGGUGGUGUUCCCUUCAUCCUUGCGUUUUCUACUUUAGGUUGUCAAAGGAAUUUCGCCUUUGAUUGCCACUUAGCACUUUACUACUCUUCAAAUUUUACUUUUACCCUGAAAAUGACAAUCAAUAUUUCAAUAACAUUCCAGUGAUAAUGCCCUUAGGACAGGGUUUUUUCAAACUAUCAUAAAAACUGGGACCCCCACAUAUAAUGAACCUUUAGUGAGGACCCCUUUCCUAAAAUGUAUAUCCAUACAUCCAUAUUUUGUGUAAUUUAAACUAAAUAAAUAGUAAUUGUGAUAUUAUAAAGACAGCAAAUUGUUUACAAACCUUAAUAAUUGACUUUCUCUUUGAAAACCCCUGCCCUAGGACGGCUUGCGAGGGCGUGUUUUUGGGCAUUUCAUGCUAGUUUGAAUCUUAAUGACUCUGGUGGAAAGGUUAAGCUGUAAAUACUGUAUGGAGUAGUUACCUGCGGGACAGGUAAAGAAUAGAUGUGACAUCAAUUUAUGACAUUGCAUUCAAAAUUAAGAAUAACUGUACCACCCCAUCCUCAAAUAUUCUUAUAUAUAGGAAGUGUCCACCUAUUUCAUCAUAUUUCAGAAGAUAAGAAAGUCAUUUGGUCUGUUUUGGUUAUUGUUUGUGCUGCAAAUUUGUAUUUAUUUAUUUUUAAAGAGGCACAUGCUUUUAAAAUCCCACUUGCGCAGGGUUGUAUUGUGUAAACCUGCAGUAACUUAACUCUGCCACUAGAGGACAGCAGAGAUUUAAAUAUUUCUACUUUUGAGGAGCACCCUGUGGAUUUACGUAACAUUUAAAGUGAUGACGUCAAAGAGGACACGGGAGUGAGGAUUAUUUCUUCACAUGUACAAAAGGGGAUUUUGUUAUUUCGUCAAAGCUUAUGGCCUUACAGAACUGUCAGCAACACUUUUGUCCUCAGGAAACCUCAAAUCAGGCAGUAUAAUAGGCUACUUAAAAGAAGUACAUAAAUGUACACAAAAGUUGCUUAGCCUUAAAGAAACAAUGAAAUGCACUAAAAUAUAAGCCAGCAUUUUCUCAGGAUUUUAAUUGAUUUGAUUUAUUUGUUUAGGAAGGUUUCAUCAGUACAUUCAUGUACAUGGUUUCUUGCUAAAUAUAAAACUAAUGUUAUGUACAUAUCGUUUCGUGUAAAGCAUGUCAUUUUGUUUCAUUUGUGAUUAAUUUUGUAAGAAGUGUAAGGCUUUAUUUAUCAUUGAUGUCUUCACAAAAUUAAAAGCUGUUGCAAUGUU